AUGAAUCCCUCUCUCAGCGAUCGUGAGGCAGUGCUCAUGCGUAACUUUAUCGAGAAGAUGGCAUUGUGGGCCGAUGUGACGGAUCCAAAGCGACAUUUUGAAAUCGAAGUGCCACGCCGAGCAUUAUACCAACCCGUCCUGCGCUAUGCAAUUUUUGCCUUCUCAUCACGCCAUCUCAAUCGCGGGCCGCGAGGUGACGAAACAGAGGCAUUACACUACCACUCUCAGUGUCUUCAGCUUCUCAUAGCUGCUCUUGAUGCUUCAGAAGAAGACGAAGGCAGUGACGAAAUCCUGGCGUCUGCGGCGAUACUUCGUCAGUUCGAAGAAAUGGAUGCCGAAGACUUUCAAUUUCAUCUGUCUGGAACGACGCGCAUGUUGAACUCAACCCCGGAAUUUGGAUUCUCGGGGGGUCUUCGGGAGGCGACAGCGUGGCUGUGCCUCCGGCAGGAUAUUUACAUAUCACUAGUUUCCCAACAACCGCUGCGAACAAACCUCGAGAAGUUUUCCCACUCUCGUGUCUUCGAAGAUGACGACGACUUUGCCUGGGCCAAUAGGAUAGUUUAUUUGUUGGCAAAGGCCCUGAGCUGUGCGUUUCGCGGCGGGCCCUCCGUGACGACGAUAAAGAUCUUGUGCCAGCUCGACAACGAGGUGGAAGAUUGGCGCAUGAGCCGGCCGAACACCUUUGAUCCCAUUCGUUUCGUGCCCCGCAGUCGUGAGAAGGAGCGCCGGAUUCCAGAGAUUUGGAUGUUGUCCCCGGUUCAUGUCGUGGGUCUGCAAUACUACCACAUCGCCAAGAUUCUACUGGCAGUGUCGACACAGCCAACCCUUUCUAACGCAUACGAGAGCUUGCGGCGAGGACGUUCCAUCGAGAGAUGUGUUUGUCACCACCUCUUGGUCGUGCUCGGCCUCGCUCAGUCCAAUGCCAAGGCAGAGAAUGCCCUCUUCACUGCAAGGCACUGCUUGUCCGCCUGGGGUGGUGUUCUCCGCCAUCGGCUGGACCAAGCAGCCGCGGAGGAUCUGCUCAUUACUGUCGAAAGAAUCACGGGAUGGAGUACGGCGCGGUUAAUCCAAUCCUUAAGAGGACAGUGGGAUGAGUAUUCCGACGAGGACUAA